AACUCUAUUUUCUACUCCCACCCUUUCCGGCAGCCAUCACAAUUCACCUCUUUCUCUCUCUCUUACAACCCUCUCUGCCAAAAUUUCUCAAAAAAAAAAAAAAAAAAAAAAUUGAAUUCGGUUUCUGGGUAAUUAUUUUCUUGUUUUAGAGAGGUGAUUUUUCUGAGUUUUCAUCCCAAAAUUUGGUAAUAGCUGACAGACAUUUGUUAUCCUCUUUUCAUAAUUUUUUCCAGAAAAUAAUGCUAGAUCUUUUCCCUGUUCUUCUAUUUCGCUCUAAAUUCUGGGUUAGAAAACGCAAAAAAAAUCUAAUUACUCAUUGAUUAACUCGAAUCAGAUUCCAUUUGUUCAUUUGUUUCCAUCAAUUUAAUUAAUCUAACAAUUCCCCUGUAUAAACCCCUGUAAUUAUAACUAAUUUUUCUUUUUUAGGCUUUUCUGGGUAACUUUUUUUUACCUUUUUGGGUUUGAUUUGGUUCAAAUUUUUGUAUAUAAAUCUCCGAAAACCCAAUAGAAAAAUCCCCAAAAAUAUUUAGGAAUUCUGGGUAGUCUGUGAAUUCAUUCCAGAAUUGGAAAAAUCGGAAGGAUGAGUUUAGGCACAGCAGAGGAAGAAACCAAAGAAGAAAUCCACAUUCCGGCUGAUAUAAACUGGGAAAUGUUAGACAAAUCCAAGUUUUUCAUCUUAGGUGCAGGGUUAUUUUCCGGCGUAUCUGCCGCCCUGUACCCCGCCGUAGUCCUUAAAACCCGGCAACAGGUCGGUCGAUACUCGCAAGGAUCGAGCAGUGUCAAGGUUGCGCUGAGUGUCGUGCGAAGUGAGGGAUUCCGAGCGCUCUACAGAGGAUUCGGAACCUCAUUGACGGGGACCAUCCCUGCGAGGGCGCUGUACAUGACCGCCCUCGAGGUCACUAAGAGCAGUGUGGGUUCCACCACUAUCGGUCUCGGUUUUGCAGAGCCCACAGCGGCGGCCAUUGCCAACGCCGCGGCUGGUGUAUCGGCGGCUGUGGCGGCGCAACUAGUGUGGACCCCAGUUGAUGUUGUUAGCCAGAGGCUGAUGGUGCAAAACAAUAGGAGCAACUUCAGCAAAAUGAGGUAUGCUAAUGGGGUUGAUGGAUUCAAGCAAAUCAUAAAAUCAGAUGGGUUGAGAGGAUUAUACAGAGGAUUUGGGAUUUCUAUAUUGACAUAUGCGCCUUCCAAUGCGGUUUGGUGGGCAUCUUACUCGGUAGCUCAACGCCUCAUUUGGGGUGGGAUUGGGUGUUAUUUUUGUAAGAGAGAUGAUCCUGGUGGUGCAGAGGUGACAACCACUUACAGGCCGGAUUCAAAGGCGGUGAUGGUGGUUCAAGGAGUGAGCGCCGCCAUAGCUGGUGGUGCUUCCGCUUUGAUCACAAUGCCAUUGGAUACAAUUAAGACAAGGUUGCAAGUGUUGGACUAUGAAGAGAAUGGUCGCAGUAGAGGUCCCACGGUGGCACAAACUGUUCGCAAUUUGGUUCGGGAAGGCGGGUGGGCGGCGUGUUACCGGGGGCUAGGGCCGCGGUGCGCCUCCAUGUCGAUGUCGGCCACCACCAUGAUCACUACUUAUGAGUUUCUUAAGAGAUUGUCAGCCAAGAGUCAAGAGGGUGUAACAUAGUUUAGAUCUAUAAUCUAUAUACAGGGGAAGAAGAGAUCAAAAAUGUAAUUCAGAGACAGUUUUUUUGUUGGUAACCCUUAAAAUCUCCUUGUUUAAGAAUUAAGAUCCUUUAAUUUGUUGAUUUUGGUAGGAGAUUAGGAGUUUUUGAUGAAUGUAAUCUCUUUUAACUUCACAAGAUAUGAAUAUAAUGUUCCUUUUUUAACAA